UUUCUUCGCUUUCACUGAAUAGCCAAGAUUUUAAAUGCAAAGCCUCCGGUGUUAUGAGAUAGCGUUACGUGUCUGUUCUGUAACACUGGACCAUCCUGGCGUAGCCCUUCUUACCAAAAUGUUAUGAGAGCCCAAAACUCAACAUGACUUGAUACUUGUGGAUUUAUAUCAUAGUGCUUCUUGGGAUAUAUUUCAUCGAGAAGUCGAGAUCUAAUGUAGAUUGCACAAUACUGGAUGGGAAUAUUUAAGUCCGCAAAUAAGCAUACGAGUGGGACCAAGCAUUGGAUUGUUGUUGGUGGGACGAAAUAUUUAUUCCUUAACCAUUCUAAGAGUGCCCCAGCCAAGGAAUAAGUCAUGCUUUUCAAGAUCAACUUCGCCUCUUCAAGUGUGAUAUUAUAGGCAUCAACAGCAUCUCGUUGUCGGGGAAACUCAAAAGGAUAAAUAUACCGGAAAGUGGGAAACUUUCAGAUGUGCCCCUUUUGGCACAACAAGCGCAAUCGGAAUACAAUCAUGGAAAUAAGGACAAAUAUUACUGACAAAUUAUUAUUAUUAUUAUCAUCACUGACGUCAUUAUGUUGUGUGUGUCUAUUAUUGGGGAAGGGUACAGAAGCCUACCCCACGGGAGCUCCACCCUUUGCUUGCCUUGAUAUGUUACCAGUUGGUCAUGGAACCGAUGGCCAGACGACGUCGAGUCCGUAUUCGAUUUCAGUGGAUGUAUCGUCGUACUCACCGGGUGGAAUAGUAACAGUCCGGAUAUCCGGAGAUGAAUCGUUUCGAGGUUUAUUAAUACAGGCCAGACCGGUCGGAACACCGCCACCAUUUGGCACGUGGACGGAUUAUCCGGAUAAUUUUCAAACCAUCAAUUGUUUCUCAACGGGGGAUUCGCUCACCCACACGGAGAACUCGGAUAAGAAUCCGACCGACUUGACGUUUGUAUGGCAGGCGCCAUCGGCUGGUGGUGUUGGAGAUAUCCACUUCGUCGCAACAUUUGUACAAGAGCGGACGAUAUUCUGGCUCGAUGUUACAUCCAGCAUAUUAAGAGAAAGAGGUCCAAAUCCGUGUCUAUCAGAUCCCUGCCAAAACGAAGGCCGGUGUUUCAGCGAUGCAGAAAACACGCAGUAUGCAUGCCUCUGUCCCGGAUCAUUUUCUGGAAUUAACUGUGAGAUAGCAGAUUCGGCACCCACUACGGCACCUACUCCAGCUCUGAUAAACCCAUGCCUGUCGGACCCUUGUCAGAACGGUGGAAGUUGUUUCUCUCAGUCAGACAACACAGCAUAUAGGUGUAUGUGCCCAGAUACAUUUAUCGGUACAAAUUGCGAAGCGAUAGCGACAAUAUUGCAAACAACCGUUCCACCGACUACUGGGCCUUGCUCCUUGCUGCCAUGUCAGAACGGAGGGCGAUGUUUCAUGAGCGUUGAUGAUACGGAAUACACCUGUUUCUGUCCAAGCGGUUUUACUGGAAUGAACUGUGAAUUGUCAUCACUUAUCGCAUUGACUACUCAUACUCCCACCGGUCCAUGUGUCUCGUUUCCUUGUCAAAACGGAGGCCAAUGUUUCAUGAGUGUUGAUGAUACUGGUUAUACCUGUCUUUGCCCAAGUGGAUUCACUGGAAUGAACUGUGAAUCGUCAUCACUUACCGCAUCGACUACUCAUGCUCCCACUGGCCCUUGUGUCUCGUUCCCCUGUCAGAAUGGAGGUCAAUGUUUCAUGAGUGUUGAUGACACUGGUUAUACAUGCCUGUGCCCGACUGGUUAUGCAGGAAUGAACUGUGAAUUAUCUACCCUUACAGGAACAACUACUCCAACUCCAACCGCUCUGAUAAACCCAUGCCUGUCGGACCCUUGUCAGAACGGUGGAAGUUGUUUCUCUCAGUCGGACAACACAGCAUAUAGGUGUAUGUGCCCAGAUACAUUUUUCGGUACAAAUUGCGAAGCGAUAGCGACAAUAUUGCAAGCAACCGUUCCACCGACUACUGGGCCUUGCUCCUUGCUGCCAUGUCAGAACGGAGGGCAAUGUUUCAUGAGCGUUGAUGAUACGGAAUACACCUGUUUCUGUCCAAGUGGUUUUACUGGAACGAACUGUGAAUUGUCAUCACUUAUCGCAUUGACUACUCAUACUCCAACCGGUCCAUGUGUCUCGUUUCCUUGUCAAAACGGAGGCCAAUGUUUCAUGAGUGUUGAUGAUACUGGUUAUACGUGUCUUUGUCCAAGUGGUUUUACUGGAAUGAACUGUGAAUCGUCAUCGCUUACUGCAUCGACUACUUAUGCUCCCACUGGCCCUUGUGUCUCGUUCCCCUGUCAGAAUGGAGGUCAAUGUUUCAUGAGUGUUGAUGACACCGGUUAUACAUGCCUGUGCCCGACUGGUUAUGCUGGAAUGAACUGUGAAUUAUCUACCCUUACAGGAACAACUACUCCAACUCCAACCGGUCCAUGUGUCUCGUUGCCGUGUCAAAAUGGAGGCCAAUGUUUCAUGAGUGUUGAUGACACUGGUUAUACAUGCCUGUGCCCGACUGGUUAUGCUGGAAUGAACUGUGAAUUAUCUACCCUUACAGGAACAACUACUCCAACUCCAACCGGUUCAUGUGUCUCGUUGCCGUGUCAAAAUGGAGGCCAAUGUUUCAUGAGUGUUGAUGACACCGCCUAUACCUGCUUCUGCCCAAGUGAUUUUACUGGAGUGAAUUGUGAAUUGUCUUCUGCAACUACUCCUGCUCCUGUUAUGAAUCCAUGCUUGUCAGAACCAUGUCAAAAUGGCGGCCGGUGUUUCGCUCAGUCUGACAACACCGCUUACAGAUGUAUUUGUCCGGAUAACGUCGUUGGCACAAACUGUGAAGCCGUGUUGGUUGUAACACAGACUACCAUGGCUCCAAUUGCUAACCCAUGUAUGAGUGAACCGUGUCAGAAUGGAGCUGCUUGUUUCUCAGCUGCAGACAGUUCCUCUUUUACUUGUCUCUGUGCGGGUCACUUCCAAGGAGUACUCUGCGAAACAGAAACACAACAAGUUUUAACCUGUGACUCAGCUCCUUGUCAAAAUGGCGGGGAAUGCUUCAUAGCGGCAGAUGGAAGUGGGUAUUUUUGUGCGUGUCCAAUGGGUUUCACGGGAGAUAACUGCGAAACAGUUAUCAACACUUGUGGUAGCGCACCAUGUAAUAAUGGCGGAACAUGUUUCGGCUCUCUGGACGGUGUUUCAUUCUUCUGUCAGUGUCCACAAGGUUUCACAGGAUCAACUUGCCAAACUUCUAUCCCAACGGUAACUCCAUGUGAUCCAUCUCCUUGUGAAAAUGGAGGUACCUGUUUUGUAGCCGCUUCUGAUGGUAAUAGUUAUGUGUGCUCAUGUCCGUCUGGAUUCACGGGAACCAACUGCCAAACAGUGGACAGUCCAUGUGCCAACAAUCCAUGUAUGAAUGAAGGAACCUGCUUCCGAAGCUCUGACAACACCGAUUCAUAUUUCUGUGUGUGCCCGACAGGUUUUGGAGGAACAAAUUGUGAGACAGUUCUACAAGUUGAUCCAUGUGAAUCCAAUCCUUGUCAAAAUGGAGCUACUUGCAGUCUUGAUGGUGUCCAAUACCAAUGUAAUUGUGAUCUUGGAUUCACUGGAACUAAUUGUGAGCUUGAUAUAACAGACUGCACUGGGGAUCCUUGUCAGAAUAAUGCAGUAUGUCUUGACAUGCCGAGUGGCUUCAUCUGUAUCUGUGAUGCUCAGUUCUCAGGAAUAUAUUGUCAAUUUCUAACACCCUGCAACGCUGACCCAUGUCUGAAUGGUGCCACAUGUUUUCAACAGGAUGAUUCUGGAAAUUAUCUAUGUGUCUGCCCAAUUGGCUUUACUGGCACUAACUGUGAAACCAAUAUACCUACAGCUUGCAGCAGCAACCCAUGUCGCAAUGAAGGUGUGUGCUUCGAGUCCCAGAGCGGUGGGGAUGGUUACUUCUGUUCCUGUCCCAAUGGCUGGGAAGGAACCGAAUGUGAGGUGCCCUCUGACCUUUGUGACCCAGACCCGUGUCAGAACAAUGCAGUCUGUAUUAACAUGCAGACAUCUUACAUGUGCCAGUGUACUGCUGGAUUUGAAGGGGACAACUGCGAAACAACUCUUCAAGCCUGUGCUAGCAACCCAUGUCAGAAUAAUGCCCUCUGCUUUGAUGGUUUGAAUGGUGGAUACUUCUGUCAGUGUGCUGUAGGAUAUGAAGGAACUGACUGUGAAACAGAAAUUGAUGCCUGUAAUCCCAGUCCCUGCCUGAAUGGAGGUAUUUGCUUUGAAGGUGCCUUUGUGAAUGAGUUCUUCUGUUUGUGUGCUGAUGGAUGGGAAGGGACGGUCUGCGCUAGUCCUGUAGACCAAUGUGACCCCUCACCCUGCCUCAAUGGAGCAACCUGCACCAACCUCCAGACAUCUUACACUUGCAAUUGCCCUUCAGGAUUCACAGGGGAGAAUUGUCAAGAUGUUGAAUCACCAUGCAAUGAUGAGCCUUGCCAGAACGGUGCUGCUUGUUUUGUCAGUGCUCAAUCGACAUCCUUCCUGUGUCUCUGUAUGCCUGGAUGGGAAGGCGAUGACUGCAGCGUGGCCAUCAAUGCCUGUGAUCCUGACCCCUGUUUCAAUGGUGCUACAUGUAAUGACCUUCAGUCAUCUUUCACAUGUACAUGCCCUGAUGGGUUUGGAGGGGACAGUUGUGAGACAGUCCUUGUGGCGUGUGCUAGCGACCCAUGUGAAAACGGUGCAACAUGUUUUGCUAGUGGCCAAUCAGAUGAAAGCUUCUUCUGUCUAUGUGAAGCUGGAUGGGAAGGAGUUGUGUGCGAACUGGCCACAGAUGUAUGUUCAUCCUCACCAUGUAUGAACGGAGCUACGUGUAACAAUCUUCAGACUUCAUAUGAAUGCUCUUGUGCUGAUGGAUUUGAAGGAAUAAUGUGUGAAACAGAAAUAAAUGGAUGUACAAGCGACCCAUGCCAGAAUGAAGGAGUCUGCUUUGUAUCAGGAAAUGGCGAUUCAUCGUUCAUAUGCCUCUGCCAGCCAGGAUGGGAGGGAGAUGAUUGCAGUCAAGCUAUUGAUCUUUGUCAGCCUUCGAAUCCUUGUAUGAACGGAGCCACCUGUCUCAACCAGCAGACUUCAUUCACUUGUCAGUGUCCAGAGGGAUUUACCGGAUCGGUGUGUGAAACAGUUUUGGAGUCCUGUUCCAGCAUGCCAUGUGAGAACGGAGCAGUGUGUUUUGAGGCCUCUAACACCAAUGGAUAUUUCUGUCAGUGUCCAACUGGAUUCACCGGAACAAACUGCGAAAAUGUGCAAAUGGCCUGUGACCUUCAACCCUGCCAGAAUGGAGCUGCCUGUUUCCAGCAGGAGUCAUCUGAGUCGGGGUAUUUCUGCCUUUGUCCUGAUGGAUUCCAAGGAGACAACUGUGAGAUGGCAAUAACACCAUGCAACCCUGAUCCUUGUCUUAAUGGUGCAGCCUGUGUGGAGGAUGGCAUUCAGUUCAUGUGCCUCUGCCGCCUAGGGUUUUCUGGAGACCUGUGUGAAAACGUUGUUGGAGCCUGCAUGAGUGAACCCUGUCAGAAUGGAGCCAAUUGUUUUGAGGAUGUCAGCGGGGCAAACUUCUUUUGCCAGUGCGUUGGUGAUUGGCAAGGGACGACCUGUGCAGAACCUUUGCAGGAUAACUGUGACCCAAACCCCUGUAUGAAUGGCGGGAGCUGUACUGGUCAGCAGAAUAUAUUCCAGUGUGCCUGUCCUGAUGGCUUUGCCGGUGCUCUGUGCCAGCUAGUGGCCACAACUGGUUGUACCAUUGACCCGUGCAUGAAUGGAGGUGUGUGUUUUGCAGGCAGCGAUGACUCUGCAAGCUACUUCUGUGAUUGUCCAAUAGGUUUUACAGGAGAUCGCUGCGAAACAGAACUCUAUCCAUGUGAUAGCGAUCCAUGUCAAAACGGAGCUACAUGUUUUGAACAUCUUGGAAGAGACAGCUAUGUGUGCGUGUGCACACCAGGAUAUGAGGGCACAAAUUGUGAAAAUGAAGUGUUUCCUUGUGAUAGCAACCCAUGUAUGAACGGUGCAACCUGCUACGAGCAUUCGGCAGGAAGCAGCUACGUUUGUCAGUGCCUACCUGGUUUUGAAGGCUUGAACUGUGAAAAUGAAAUCUUGCCAUGCCUCAGCAAUCCUUGUCAGAAUGGUGCUACGUGCUUUGAGCAUGGCAAUGGUGGCAGCUAUGUCUGUCUGUGUGUCUCGGGAUAUGAAGGAACCAAUUGUGAAACCGAAAUCAUCUCUUGUGCAAGUGAUCCUUGUCAGAAUGGUGCAACCUGUCUGGAGAUGGGCACUGGUGAAGGUCAUAUAUGCAUAUGUGUACCAGGCUUUGAGGGACUCACUUGUGCUACAGAAACACCAGCUUGUGACAGCAGUCCAUGUCAGAAUGGAGCCACAUGUUUUGAUCAGACAAGUGGCGAUGGUUAUGCAUGCCUCUGUGCUGAUGGGUUUGAUGGCACCAACUGUGAACAAGAAAUUAUGGGAUGCAUCAGUGAUCCAUGCCAGAAUGGAGCAAUCUGUUUUGAUCAAAAUGGUGGUGGCAAAUACGUCUGCAUUUGUGCAGCUGGCUAUGCAGGCACCAAUUGUGAAAAUGAAAUCAUUGGAUGUGGUAGCAAUCCUUGUCUGAAUGGAGCUACCUGCUUUGAUCUGAGCAGUGGCAGUGGUUAUGCCUGUGUUUGUAUGGAUGGAUUCCAGGGAAUAAACUGUGAAAACGAAAUUGUUGCCUGUGAUAGUAAUCCUUGUCAGAAUGGAGCAACUUGUUUUAAUAGCAAUGGUGGCAGUGGUUAUGUCUGUGCAUGCCCAACUGGAUAUGAUGGAACAAACUGUGAAAAUGUAAACUUGGCCUGUGUUAGCAGCCCUUGUCUAAAUGGAGCAACCUGUUUUAAUAACAAUGUUGGCAGUAUUUAUGUCUGUCUCUGCCCUCCUGGCUUCGAAGGACUGAACUGCGAAAUUGAAAUAAUACCCUGUGCUAGCAAUCCCUGUCUUAAUGGAGCAACCUGUUUUGAUAGCAAUGGUGCCAGUGGAUAUGCCUGUCUCUGCCCAGAUGGCUUUGAAGGAGCAAACUGUGAAAAUGAAAUGUUAUCCUGUGCUAGCAAUCCUUGUCUUAAUGGAGCAACCUGUUUUGAUAGCAAUGGUGCCAGUGGAUAUGCCUGUCUCUGCCCAGAUGGCUUUGAAGGAGCAAACUGUGAAAAUGAGAUACAGCCAUGUGAGAGUAAUCCAUGUCAGAAUGGUGCUACCUGCUUCACACAUUCAAGUGGAACUGCCUAUUCCUGUCUGUGCCCGGAUAACUAUGAAGGAGGCAACUGUGAAAAUGAGAUUCAACCAUGUGCAAGUAAUCCUUGUCUGAAUGGAGCGACCUGCUUUGAAGGAGGGGCAAGCUUUACUUGCAUCUGUCCAAUGGGUUUUGAGGGAACAAACUGUGAAACUGAGCUCUCAGCCUGUGAUAGCAGCCCUUGUGUCAACAAUGGUGUUUGCUUUACCCAUAGCAAUGGAGAGGAUUAUUUUUGUGUCUGCCCCACUGGAUUUGAGGGAAAGAAUUGUGAAAAUGUUACAGUUCUGCCUCCCUGUGACAGCAAUCCUUGUCAAAAUGGAGCUACCUGUAUAGACCGUGAAGAAUUCUCUGCAUAUGUCUGUGCUUGUCCAGCUGGCUUUGAUGGUGUAAACUGUGAAAAUGACAUCCCAGCAUGCAACAGCAAUCCGUGUAUGAAUGGAGCUACAUGUAUGCAUCAAAAUGAUACCAACAGCUAUGUAUGUCUUUGUGUGGAUUCAUUUGAAGGAGUCAAUUGUGAAAUUGAAAUCCUCGCAUGUACCAGCAACCCUUGUCUAAAUGGAGCAACCUGUUUUGAUAGCAACGGUGGUAGUGGAUAUGUCUGUCAAUGUCCUGCAGGGUUUGGAGGAACAAACUGUGAAAAUGAAACUCUCGCCUGUGCUAGCAACCCUUGUCUAAAUGGAGCAACCUGUUUUGAUAGUAAUGGGGGCAGUGGUUAUGCCUGUCUCUGCCCAGAUGGAUUUGACGGAACAAACUGUGAAAAUGAAGCCCCUGCCUGUGCUAGCAACCCUUGUCUAAAUGGAGCAACCUGUUUUGAUAGUAAUGGGGGCAGUGGUUAUGCUUGCCUCUGCCCAGGUGGAUUUGAAGGAACAAACUGUGAAAAUGAAAUCCUCGCAUGUACCAGCAACCCUUGUCUAAAUGGAGCAACCUGUUUUGAUAGCAAUGGUGGUAGUGGAUAUGUCUGUCAAUGUCCUGCAGGGUUUGAAGGAACAAACUGUGAAAAUGAAAUGAUACCCUGUGCCAGCAAUCCUUGUCAAAAUGGAGCAACCUGUUUUGAGAGCAACGGUGGUAGUGGAUAUGUCUGUCAAUGUCCUACAGGGUUUGGAGGAACAAACUGUGAAAAUGAAAUCCCUGCCUGUGCUAGCAACCCUUGUCUAAAUGGAGCAACCUGUUUUGAUAGUAAUGGGGGCAGCGGUUAUGCCUGUCUCUGCCCAGAUGGAUUUGAAGGAACAAACUGUGAAAAUGAAACCCCUGCCUGUGCUAGCAACCCUUGUCUAAAUGGAGCAACCUGUUUUGAUAGUAAUGGGGGCAGUGGUUAUGCCUGUCUCUGCCCAGGUGGAUUUGAUGGAACAAACUGUGAAAAUGAAACCCCUGCCUGUGCUAGCAACCCUUGUCUAAAUGGAGCAACCUGUUUUGAUAGUAAUGGGGGCAGUGGUUAUGCCUGUCUCUGCCCAGGUGGAUUUGAUGGAACAAACUGUGAAAAUGAAAUCCUCGCAUGUACCAGCAACCCUUGUCUAAAUGGAGCAACCUGUUUUGAUAGCAAUGGUGGUAGUGGAUAUGUCUGUCAAUGUCCUGCAGGGUUUGAAGGAACAAACUGUGAAAAUGAAAUGAUACCCUGUGCCAGCAAUCCUUGUCAAAAUGGAGCAACCUGUUUUGAGAGCAACGGUGGUAGUGGAUAUGUCUGUCAAUGUCCUACAGGGUUUGGAGGAACAAACUGUGAAAAUGAAAUCCCUGCCUGUGCUAGCAACCCUUGUCUAAAUGGAGCAACCUGUUUUAAUAGUAAUGGAGGCAGUGGUUAUGCUUGUCUCUGCCCAGAUGGAUUUGACGGAACAAACUGUGAAAAUGAAACCCCUGCCUGUGCUAGUAACCCUUGUCUAAAUGGAGCAACCUGUUUUGAUAGUAAUGGGGGCAGUGGUUAUGCCUGUCUCUGCCCAGAUGGAUUUGACGGAACAAACUGUGAAAAUGAAACCCCUGCCUGUGCUAGCAACCCUUGUCUAAAUGGAGCAACCUGUUUUGAUAGUAAUGGGGGCAGUGGUUAUGCCUGUCUCUGCCCAGAUGGAUUUGACGGAACAAAUUGUGAAAAUGAAACCCCUGCCUGUGCUAGCAACCCUUGUCUAAAUGGAGCAACCUGUUUUGAUAGUAAUGGGGGCAGUGGUUAUGCCUGUCUCUGCCCAGAUGGAUUUGAUGGAACAAACUGUGAAAAUGAAAUCCUCGCAUGUACCAGCAACCCUUGUCUAAAUGGAGCAACCUGUUUUGAUAGCAAUGGUGGUAGUGGAUAUGUCUGUCAAUGUCCUGCAGGGUUUGAAGGAACAAACUGUGAAAAUGAAAUGAUACCCUGUGCCAGCAAUCCUUGUCAAAAUGGAGCAACCUGUUUUGAGAGCAACGGUGGUAGUGGAUAUGUCUGUCAAUGUCCUACAGGGUUUGGAGGAACAAACUGUGAAAAUGAAACCCCUGCCUGUGCUAGCAACCCUUGUCUAAAUGGAGCAACCUGCUUUGAUAGUAAUGGAGGCAGUGGUUAUGCCUGUCUCUGCCCAGAUGGAUUUGACGGAACAAACUGUGAAAAUGAAACCCCUACCUGUGCUAGCAACCCUUGUCUAAAUGGAGCAACCUGUUUUGAUAGUAAUGGGGGAAGUGGUUAUGCCUGUCUCUGCCCAGAUGGAUUUGAUGGAACAAACUGUGAAAAUGAAACCCCUGCCUGUGCUAGCAACCCUUGUCUAAAUGGAGCAACCUGUUUUGAUAGUAAUGGGGGCAGUGGUUAUGCUUGUCUCUGCCCAGAUGGAUUUGACGGAACAAACUGUGAAAAUGAAACCCCUGCCUGUGCUAGCAACCCUUGUCUAUAUGGAGCAACCUGUUUUGAUAGUAAUGGGGGCAGUGGUUAUGCCUGUCUCUGCCCAGAUGGAUUUGACGGAACAAACUGUGAAAAUGAAACCCCUGCCUGUGCUAGCAACCCUUGUCUAAAUGGAGCAACCUGUUUUGAUAGUAAUGGGGGCAGUGGUUAUGCCUGUCUCUGCCCAGAUGGAUUUGACGGAACAAACUGUAAAAAUGAACUCCUUGCUUGUGAUAGCAACCCUUGUCAGAAUGGAGCAUCUUGUUUUAAUCAUAAUGGUGCUGGUGGUUAUGUCUGUCUCUGUCCUGAUGGAUUUGAUGGAACAAACUGCGAAAAUGAAAUACUAUCCUGCAAUAGCAACCCUUGUCAGAAUGGUGCAACCUGCUUUGAUCAGACCAAUGGCAGUAGUUAUGUUUGCCUCUGUAGCACUGGUUUUGAAGGAGCUAAUUGUGAAAAUGAAAUUGUUGGCUGUUCAAGCAGUCCUUGCGAAAAUGGAGCAACCUGUUUUGAUCAUAACGGCAGCGGUAGCUAUGUCUGCAUCUGUCAAGAUGGCUUUGAGGGAGUAAACUGUGAAACUGUGUCUGCUGCCUGUAACAGUGAUCCUUGUCAAAAUGGAGCAACCUGUUUUAAUGGAGAACAAAUGGGCUAUAUGUGUAUUUGUGCAAUGGGAUUUGAAGGAGAGAACUGUGAAUUAGAAAUGAGCAUCUGUGCGAGCUCCCCUUGUGAGAAUGGAGCUACUUGCUUUGAUGGAGCACAAGGUGGUUAUUUCUGCUUCUGUCCAGCAGGAUAUGAAGGAGACAAUUGUGAAAUAGAUAUGGAUCCUUGUCAGAGUGGUCCUUGCCAAAAUGGAGCUUCUUGUUUCAAUGGAGCCUCGGGUGGAUACAGUUGCAUAUGUGCUGAUGGGUUUGAAGGAACAAACUGUGAGAAUGAAACAGAUGCCUGUGAUAGUUCUCCAUGUCAAAACAAUGCAGUUUGUUUCAAUACUGCAUCAGGAGGUUACUUAUGUGUAUGUACAGAUGGAUUUGAAGGAGUAAAUUGUGAAACAGCAAUCUUGUCCUGUGAGAGCGAUCCCUGUCAGAAUGGAGCAACUUGCUUUGAACACGUUUCAGAAAACAGCUAUUUCUGUGUUUGCCCCGAAGGCUUUACAGGGACAAACUGUGAAUUGGAUAUCAUGUCAUGCACCAGUCAGCCAUGCCGUAACAAUGCAACUUGCCAGGAGCUGAAUGGGGGCAGGGAUUUUACUUGUAUCUGUCCAUCUGGAUUCACUGGCAGCCAAUGUGAAAUAGACCUGAGAACAUGCUUUACAAAUCCAUGUCAAAACAAUGCAACAUGCUUCGAAGGAUUUCAGGAAGGAUCCUAUUUUUGCUUUUGUCCCGAUGGCUUUAUUGGAGUCAACUGUGAAACAGAUAAUGGCCUACCUGUGAUAUUCGGAUGUCCUCCAAAUAUCACAACCGGUAACAACCCCGGCUCCCCGUCCGCUCUCGUUUCAUGGUCAGAGCCCACCUCAGUGGACAAUUCGGGGUCGGUGACACUCACAACGGAUGCUGUCAACAAUGCAUUGUACCCCAUUGGGGUCACUGAGGUCACCUAUGUUGCAACCGAUGAUGCGGGCAAUGAAGCCUUAUGCACAUUCUAUAUCAACAUCCAAGAUCUCAUGCCUCCCUUGAUUACUGGCUGCCCAAGCAAUAUAACCCUCAAUACCGAUCCUGGCUCUGCAUUUGCCAAUGUCUCAUGGCCAGAGCCUUCCAUCACAGAUAACUCUGGAGUGGUGAAUUUAGUGUCCUCUCCUGUGAAUGGUGACCUUUACUCUAUAGGGGUGACCACGGUGACUUACAUAGCUCAGGACUUAGCCGACAAUGCAGCAACAUGCACUUUUUUCAUUACCGUAAUAGACAACGAAAAUCCAUCAUUCACCUUGUGUCCUGAUGACAUCAUGACCGGCACAGACCAGGGACUACCCACAGCUACGGUGACAUGGCCAACACCCAUGGCAGAAGAUAAUUCUGGCAAUCUUGAAAGCCUCAACAGCAGUUACAUCAGUGGUUCAUCAUUUGGUAUUGGAAUAGAAACAGUAACUUACAUUGCUGUUGACCAAUCGGGCAACAUGGCUGAAUGUACUUUCACUGUUAUGGUCUUUGAUCUUGAGGACCCAGUCUUUGAUAUGUGCCUUGCUGAUGUCACCGUACAGACUGCACCAGGUAGUCUAACAGCCAUCGCCCUUUGGACCCCGCCAACCUCCACAGACAACAGUGGCAGUGUGACCGUAGAGCAGACUGCUGGCCCUGCUCCGGGAUCUGACUUCCCUAUAGGUCAAACUGAAAUCGUUUACGUUGCAACAGAUGAAGCUGGGAAUAAUGCGUCCUGUGAAUUCUCUAUCAUUGUCAUCGGCUCUAUGGAUCCAUGUGAGUCGAAUGUGUGCCAGAAUAACGCCACUUGUCUUGCAACAAAUGAUACUUCAUACAGCUGUGUGUGCCUACCUGGUUACACAGGAGAGUUCUGUGAAACCGGAAUCAACUUGUGUGAUUCAGACCCAUGCCAGAACAAUGCCAACUGUACCAACUACAUGACUUCUUACUCCUGCAAUUGCCCUCUGGGAUUCAUGGGACACAACUGUGAACAAGAUAUCGAUGAAUGUGCCAUGGACAUUUGUCAGAACAAUGCUACCUGCAACAACACAAUUGGAGGCUUUGAUUGUCAAUGUCCUAAUGGGUACAUGGGCUUGAGAUGUGAAGUUCCAUUUAGUGCAUGUGACUCAAACCCUUGCGCCAAUGGAGGUUUGUGCAGUGGUAACACCACCCAUUUUUAUUGCGAUUGUCCCAUCGCUUGGACAGGAUUUGAUUGUACAACAGCUAAGGAUGCUUGUAUUGGAGACCGUUGUCAGAAUGGAGCAACUUGUUCAAAUCAGUUUGAUUUUGUGGUAUGCACUUGUGCACCAGGCUGGACAGGAGAUGUGUGCCACAUAGAUAUCAAUGAAUGUGAAAGCAACCCUUGUUUGAACAAUGGCACCUGUGUGAAUCAACUCAACGGUUUUCAAUGCAACUGUACUGAUGGAUGGACUGGAGGCAUAUGUGAAAUAGACAUUAAUGAAUGUGAAAGUAGCCCAUGUUCUGCCAAUGCAACCUGCCAGAACCGGUUGGGAUCUUACAACUGUUUGUGCCCAUCUGGCUACACAGGAGAUUACUGCAAUAUUGAUAUUGAUCAAUGCAACCCCGAUCCCUGUCAGAACGGAGCUACCUGUACGGACCUUGGUAAUUCAUACCAAUGUACAUGUCCUCCAGGAUUCAGUGGAACCAACUGUGACAAUGAUGUUGAUGACUGUGUUGGCAACCUCUGCCUAAAUGGAGCAACCUGCAUUGAUAUGCUCAACAGUUACCGGUGUGAAUGCCCUAUAUCACAUGCCGGAAACUUCUGUGAAAUUGCGCUGAAUCCUUGUGAGUCUGAUCCAUGUGGGUUCAACAGUACCUGUAACAACAUGUUCACCUCCUAUGUGUGUGUCUGUACUGACGGCUUCUCUGGAAUCAACUGUGAACAAGAGGUGCUUGAAUGUUCCAGUAACCCUUGUAUGAAUAAUGGAGUGUGCAUAGAUCUUAUUGGGGAGUUCUCAUGCUUCUGUGACUCCGGAUGGACGGGAGAGCUUUGCGAGAUAAAUAUUGACGAGUGCGAAAGUGAUCCUUGUCUAAAUGGAGCAACCUGUCUGGACAUUGUAGAUGGUUACACCUGUGACUGUGCUCUUGGUUAUGAAGGCACUUUCUGUGAAACAGAGAUCCAAGAGUGUGCUAGCAAUCCUUGCUUCAACGAGGCAACAUGUCUUGAUAAUGUUGGUUCCUAUCAAUGUGUUUGCCCAUCUGGUUGGACCGGGGUCCACUGUGAGACAGAACUCAACGAGUGUAACAGCAUGCCGUGUCAGAACGGAGCACAGUGCAUUGACGAGAUCGAUGGAUUUGUCUGUAUCUGCGAGAACGGUUGGGCAGGUGUCACUUGUGAGAUGGAAAUUGGUGAAUGUGGAAGCAACCCUUGCCAGAAUGGAGCUAAUUGUAUAGACUAUGUGAAUGGGUACUUCUGCCAGUGUAAAGCUGGUUGGGAAGGAGAUUUAUGUGAAACCGAUGUCAACGAAUGUGAACGAUUUGCCUGUAUGAAUGGAGCAUCCUGCUUGGAUCUUGUUGCUCAAUUCCAGUGUACCUGUCUUCCGGGCUUUGCUGGGGUCGUUUGUGAAACUGACCUUGAUGAGUGUUUAUCAGACCCUUGUGUUAAUGGAGCUACAUGUGUUGACAACCCAGGUUUCUACGAGUGUGAAUGCAUGCCAGGAUAUGAAGGGGCAAACUGUGAAUCUGACAUCGAAGAAUGUGCCAGUAAUCCCUGUCUAAAUGGAGCCACCUGUUUGGAAGAUUUUCUUGGUUAUGAAUGCAUCUGUGCUCCAGGUUAUAAUGGAACCAACUGUGAACAAGGAGUCCAAUUCUGCACCAAUACGACUUGUCUAAAUGGAGCAACCUGCAUCGAGGUGUAUCCAAACGUUCAAUGUAUAUGUGCAGACGGAUGGACAGGCGACAGCUGUGAAAAUGAUAUUUUGGAGUGUGAUAGCAAUCCAUGCCAGAAUAAUGCUACAUGUUCUGAUCUUACCAACGGCUAUGAAUGUCAGUGCCCCCCUGGUUGGAACGGUACAGAAUGUGAACUUGACAUUAAUGAAUGCGCUAAUGACAUCUGCCUGAACGGUGCAACCUGUAUCAACCAAGUUGGCAAUUAUCAGUGCGUGUGCACUCCAGGCUGGGAAGGAAGCAAUUGCGAGCUUGACAUCCUAGAAUGUGCGAGCAACCCAUGCCAGAAUGGAGCUAACUGCACCGACCUUACGAAUGGAUAUGAGUGUGUCUGUGCCAAGGGAUAUAAUGGCACACUUUGCGAGCUUGACAUCAAUGAAUGUGCCAGUAGUCCAUGCCAGAAUGGCGCAAAUUGUGUUGAGUCCGUUGGAGAGUAUCAGUGUCAAUGUCCGGUUGGUUACGAAGGCGUCAACUGCGAAUUGGAGACUCUUGAAUGCAUGAGCAAUCCCUGUCUGAAUGGUGCUACCUGCUUGGACUUGAUAGGAAUGUACGAAUGUCGCUGCCCUUCAGGUUGGUCUGGUCUCAACUGUGAAACUGAGAUCAAUGAGUGUGAUUCAUCUCCUUGCCUUCAUAAUUCUACUUGCAUUGAGUUAUUUGAUGGAUAUGAAUGCAACUGCACUGAGGACUACCGAGGUACAAACUGUGAAAUUGAGAUCAUAGAGUGCAGUGAUAACCCCUGUCAGAAUGGAGCUACCUGUGUGGAUAUCGCUGAUGACUAUCAAUGCACGUGUCCAGAAGGAUGGACUGGCAGGAAUUGUGAACUCGAAACCAAUGAAUGUGACAGUAACCCUUGCCAGAAUGGUGCUACCUGCAUUGACUUCUUCAACGGCUUCCUCUGUCAGUGUCCUGCAGGAUAUGCCGGAACACUGUGUGAAGAGGAUGUGGAUGAGUGUGACCCAAACCCUUGUCAGAAUGGAGCAACCUGCAUGCAAGGAGAAGCAACAUUCCAGUGUAUUUGCACCCCAGGAUGGCAGGGUGCUCGCUGUGAAGAAGACAUCCUGGAAUGCUCAAGUGAUCCAUGCCAGAAUGGAGGAACAUGCAUGGAGGAAUCCAAUGGUUAUAGCUGUCAAUGUGCACCCGGAUGGACUGGUCCAGAUUGUGAUGAUGAAAUCAUGGAGUGCAUGAGCAUGCCUUGCCAGAAUGGUGCUACGUGUGUUGAUCUGCUACCAGGGUAUGAAUGUAGAUGCCCAGAAGGAUGGAACGGUACCAACUGCGAGUUGGACAUCUUGGAGUGUGCUAGUAAUCCCUGCCUGAAUGGAGCUACAUGUCAAGAUCUAAAUCUUGGCUUUCAAUGCCGAUGUCCCCAAGGAUGGAAUGGUACACUUUGUGAGAAUGAGAUUCUUGAAUGUAGCAGUGACCCUUGUCUAAAUGGAGCAACCUGUGUAGAGCUAAUCGGAGGAUAUGAAUGUAUCUGUGCUGACGGUUGGAAUGGAACAAACUGUGAGAUAGAAUCCAAUGAAUGCGUGAGCAAUCCAUGCCAGAAUGGAGCAACCUGCCAACCAUUUUUCAAUGGUUUCUUGUGUUUCUGCGAACCUGGGUUUAAUGGCACAUUUUGUGAAACAGACAUUGAUGAGUGCAACCCUGAUCCUUGUCAGAAUGGAGCCACCUGCACUGAAGGCAUUGCAAGCUUCCUGUGCACAUGCCCUCCUGGCUGGACUGGAACAACAUGUGAUGAAGAUAUCCUAGAGUGUGCCAGUGACCCUUGUCUGAAUGGAGCUACAUGCAUGGAUGUCAAUCAAGGCUAUGUAUGUGUCUGUCCACCUGGAUUCUCAGGGUCUCUUUGUGAGCAAGAAUCCAGUGUCUGCAUGCUGAACCCUUGCCAGAAUGGGGCCACAUGCUAUAACUACACUGAUGGUUUGCUAUGCGAGUGUCCAAUGGGCUUUAAUGGAAUUAACUGCCAGAUAGCAAUCAGUUGUGAUCAGGACCCAUGCUUGAACGGUGCAUCUUGUGUUGGUGAUGGUAGCGGCUAUCGGUGUAUCUGUGACUUUGGCUGGACUGGUACGAACUGUGAGACAGAGAUCGAUGAAUGCCAGAGAAUGAACUGCAUGAAUGGAGCUACAUGCAUUGAUCUUGUUGCUGGCUAUGUCUGCUUCUGUGAACCUGGCUUUGAAGGCAUCUUUUGUCAAACAAAUAUCGAUGAAUGCAGUAGUGAGCCCUGUCAGAACGGUGCAACCUGUGUGGAUGAAGUAGAUGGUUAUCAAUGUGUUUGUCCACUGGGUUGGACAGGCUUACACUGUGAAACCGAUAUCCCAGAGUGUGCAAGUGACCCUUGUAUGAAUGGAGCAACUUGUCUUGAUCUCACUAAUGGAUAUCAGUGUGUAUGUGUUCUUGGAUGGACGGGAACACACUGUGAAUCAGAAAUUAUGGAAUGUGAAAGUAUUCCUUGUCAGAACGGUGGCACCUGUAUUGAUCUGAUUGGAUCCUAUGAGUGUAGAUGCCCUGCAGGAUGGACUGGAAUCAACUGUGAAACAGAUAUUCUUGAAUGCUCUAGUGAUCCCUGUUUGAAUGGUGCAACCUGCGAGGAUCUGACUGAUGGUUAUAUGUGUGUCUGUGCUCCGGGCUACAGUGGAAUUACAUGUCUGGAUGAAAUCGAUGAAUGUGAGAGCAGUCCCUGUGAAAAUGGUGCUACCUGCAAUGACCUAGUGAACGGCUUAGAGUGUAUCUGUACACCAGGAUGGAAUGGAACAUUCUGUGAGAUUGAGGUCAUCGAAUGUUCAAGUAAUCCAUGCCUAAAUGGUGCCAGUUGUGUUGAUCUCAUUGCGGAAUAUCAGUGUGUUUGCCAACCGGGAUGGAACGGAACUCACUGUGAAAUAAAUAUAGAUGACUGCAUAGGCCAUAUGUGUGUCAAUGGUGCUACCUGCAUUGAUGAAGUAGAUGGAUACAGUUGCCAGUGUCCAGAAGGUUGGGUUGGUCAGUUCUGUGGUAUUGAGAUCUUAGAAUGUCUGAGCAACCCUUGUCUUAAUGGAGCAAAUUGUAUAGACUUGAUUCCAGGCUAUCAAUGUGAAUGCACAACUGGAUGGACAGGAACACACUGUGAAACUGAGAUCAUGGAGUGUUCUUCAGAUCCUUGUCUGAAUGGUGCUACCUGCACUGAUCUAAUUGGUGAAUAUGAAUGUCAAUGUGCCCCAGGCUGGAAUGGAACUAACUGUGAAAUAGAAAUCCUUGAGUGCGCCGGAGAUCCAUGCAUGAAUGGUGCUACCUGCGUUGACCUGAUUGCCAUGUAUGAAUGUAUCUGUGCUCCAGGAUGGAAUGGUACCAAUUGUGAGGUAGAUAUCCAGGAAUGUUCCAGCAAUCCAUGUCGAAAUGAUGCAACCUGCGUUGACCAGAUAGGAUCAUUCAGCUGUCAAUGUCCUCUGGGAUUCACUGGUGUACUAUGCGAGGUUAACAUAGAGGAAUGCUCUAGCAAUCCUUGUUUGAAUGGAGCAACCUGUGUUGAUCUAAUUGGAGGAUACAGAUGUGAAUGUGCUGUAGGCUGGGAGGGUAUCAACUGUGAAUUAGAAGAUGAAGAAUGCUCCAGUGAUCCUUGUCAGAAUGGAGCUACUUGUAUUGAUUUGAUCGGAGAAUAUUCAUGCCAGUGUGCUACAGGAUGGAAUGGAACCAACUGUGAUAUAGAAUCAGAUGAAUGUCUGAGCAAUCCUUGUCUGAAUGGGGCUACCUGCAUCGAUAUCUUCAAUGGAUUCCAAUGCCGAUGCGCUCCUGGAUGGGAAGGAGAGCUGUGUGCAGUGGAAAUUGUUGAGUGUGAUAUCAUGCCCUGUCGAAAUGGCGGAACAUGUGUUGAUUUAUUUGCAAGUUUUCAAUGUAUCUGUCCCCCGGGUUGGCAAGGAGUGAUAUGUACAGAAGAUGUUCAAGAGUGUUUGAGCGAUCCUUGUCAAAAUGGUGCAACUUGUAAUGAGAUGGAGAAUGGAUUCGAAUGUGUGUGUCCUUUAGGCUACACAGGGAUGCUUUGUGAAGAAGAAAUCAUUGAAUGCGCUGGCAAUCCUUGUAUGAAUGGUGCAACCUGCUUUGAUCUGGUAGCUGGAUAUGUCUGCCUUUGCAGCACUGGAUGGGAGGGUCUACAUUGUGAAAAUGACAUCUUAGAAUGUGCCAGCGACCCAUGUCAAAAUAAUUCAACCUGCAUUGACUUACUCGAUUCUUAUGAAUGCCAAUGUCCUCAAGGAUGGAAUGGAACACACUGUGAGAUAGACAUUGCAGAAUGCGCAAGCAAUCCUUGUCUAAAUGGUGCUACUUGUUUGGAAGACGUCAAUGGCUAUGACUGUCAAUGUCCCGAGGGAUUUACAGGAGUACACUGUGAAGAUGAGAUUGAGGAAUGUUCCAGUAACCCCUGUCAAAAUAAUGGAACCUGUGUAGACCUCAUAGGUGCCUUUGACUGUAUAUGUACACCAGGUUGGACGGGUACCUUAUGUGAGAUUGAGAUUGAAGAGUGUACCAGCAUGCCAUGUCAGAAUGGUGCAGUCUGCAUUGAUCUUAUUGGUAGUUACGAAUGCCACUGUUUACCAGGCUGGGAAGGAGACAACUGUGAAUCUGAAAUCCUGGAAUGCAGCAGCGACCCUUGUCAAAAUGGAGCUGAAUGCUUUGAUAUGGUCAAUGCAUACCAGUGUAUCUGUGAAAAUGGUUUCAAUGGUACCAACUGUGAAGUUGAUAUUGAUGAAUGUGCUAGCACUCCAUGCCUAAAUGGUGCAACGUGUCUUGAAUCUAUUGAUUUUUAUGAAUGCCAGUGCCCAUCUGGAUGGAAUGGAACCAACUGUGAGCUUAAUAUCAAUGAUUGUGAUGGACAUAUGUGUGUCAAUGGUGCUACCUGCAUUGAUGAAGUAGAUGGAUACAGUUGCCAGUGUCCAGAAGGUUGGGUUGGUCAGUUCUGUGGUAUCGAGAUCUUGGAAUGUCUGAGCAACCCUUGUCUUAAUGGAGCAAACUGUACAGAUCUGAUCCCAGGAUAUCAAUGUGAAUGCACAACUGGAUGGACAGGAACACACUGUGAAACUGAGAUAAUGGAAUGUUCUUCAGAUCCUUGUCUGAAUGGUGCUACUUGCACUGAUCUAAUUGGUGAAUAUGAAUGUCAAUGUGCCCCAGGCUGGAAUGGAACUAACUGUGAAAUAGAAAUUCUUGAGUGUGCCGGAGAUCCAUGCAUGAAUGGUGCUACCUGUGUUGACCUGAUUGCCAUGUAUGAAUGCAUCUGUGCUCCGGGUUGGAAUGGUACCAAUUGUGAGGUAGAUAUCCAGGAAUGUUCCAGCAAUCCAUGUCAAAAUGAUGCAACCUGCAUUGACCAGAUAGGAUCAUUCAGCUGUCAGUGCCCUCUAGGAUUUACUGGUGUAUUAUGCGAGUUUAACAUAGAGGAAUGUUCUAGCAAUCCUUGUUUGAAUGGAGCAACCUGCGUUGAUCUGAUCGGAGGAUACAGAUGUGAAUGUGCUGUAGGCUGGGAAGGUACCCGCUGUGAAUUAGAAGAUCAAGAAUGCUCGAGUGAUCCUUGUCAGAAUGGAGCUACUUGUCUUGAUUUGAUUGGAGGAUAUGCAUGCGAGUGUCCAGCAGGCUGGAAUGGAACCAACUGCCAGAUAGAAUCAAAUGAAUGUCUGAGCAAUCCUUGUCUGAAUGGUGCUACCUGCAUCGAUAUCUUCAAUGGAUUCCAAUGCCAAUGUGCUCCUGGAUGGGAAGGGGAGCUAUGUGCAAUGGAAAUCUUGGAAUGCGCAUGUAACCCUUGUCAGAACGGUGCUACGUGUGUCGAUGGGUUAGCAAGUUUUGAAUGUAUUUGUGCUCCAGGAUGGCAAGGUGUGACCUGCACCCAAGAUAUCCUCGAGUGUGCAAGCAAUCCUUGUCAGAAUGGUGCAUCAUGCUCAGACCUGGAAAAUGCAUUUGAAUGUACAUGUCCUUUUGGCUAUAGAGGAACCCGCUGUGAAGAAGAAAUCAUCGAAUGUGCUGGUACUCCAUGCAUGAAUGAUGCAACCUGCUUUGAUCUGGUAGCUGGAUAUGUAUGUCUUUGUAGUACUGGAUGGCAGGGUCUACAUUGUGAGAAUGACAUCUUAGAAUGUGCCAGCGACCCAUGUCAAAAUGAUGCAACCUGCAUUGACCUGUUGAAUUCGUAUGAAUGCCAGUGUCCUCCAGGAUGGAAUGGAACACACUGUGAGAUAGACUUUGCAGAAUGUGCAAGCAAUCCUUGUCUAAAUGGUGCUACUUGUCUGGAAGACAUCAAUGGAUAUGACUGUCAAUGUCCUGAGGGAUUUACAGGAGUACACUGUGAAGAUGAGAUUGAAGAAUGCUCCAGUGACCCCUGUCAAAAUAAUGGAACCUGUGUAGACCUCAUUGGUGCAUUUGACUGUCUAUGUUCUCUGGGUUGGACAGGUACCCUAUGUGAGGUUGAGAUUGAAGAGUGUGCCAGCAUGCCAUGUCAGAAUGGCGCAGUCUGUGUAGACAAUAUUGGCAGUUAUGAAUGCCAGUGUUUACCAGGGUGGCAAGGAAUCAACUGUGAAUCAGAGGUCCUUGAAUGUAAGAGUAACCCUUGUCAUAACGGAGCUCAGUGUCUGGAGAUGGUCAAUGGAUACCAAUGUAUUUGUGACCCUGGCUUCAAUGGUCUCAAAUGUGAGAAUGAUAUAGAUGAAUGUGGCAGCAACCCAUGCCAAAAUGGUGCAACAUGCGUUGAAGUCUUUGAUUCAUAUGAAUGCCAAUGUUUACCUGGCUUUAAUGGAUCCAACUGUGAGAUUGACAUUGACAAUUGUGUUGACAAUCUGUGCAUCAAUGCUGCUACCUGCAUUGAUGAAGUAGAUGGAUACAGUUGCCAGUGUCCAGAAGGUUGGGUUGGUCAGUUCUGUGGUAUUGAGAUCUUAGAAUGUCUGAGCAACCCUUGUCUUAAUGGAGCAAAUUGCAUAGACUUGAUUCCAGGAUAUCAAUGUGAAUGCACUUCUGGAUGGACAGGAACACACUGUGAAACUGAGAUCAUGGAAUGUUCUUCAGAUCCUUGUCUGAAUGGUGCUACUUGCACUGAUCUAAUUGGUGAAUAUGAAUGUCAAUGUGCCCCAGGCUGGAAUGGAACUAACUGUGAAAUAGAAAUCCUUGAGUGUGCCGGAGAUCCAUGCAUGAAUGGUGCUACCUGUGUAGAUCUGAUUGCCAUGUAUGAGUGUAUCUGUGCUCUGGGUUGGAAUGGUACCAAUUGUGAGGUAGAUAUCCAGGAAUGUUCCAGCAAUCCAUGUCAAAAUGAUGCAACCUGCAUUGAUCAGAUAGGAUCAUUCACCUGUCAGUGCCCUCUAGGAUUCACUGGUGUACUAUGUGAGGUUAACAUAGAGGAAUGUUCUAGCAAUCCUUGUUUGAAUGGAGCAACCUGUGUUGAUCUAAUUGGAGGAUACAGAUGUGAAUGUGCUGUAGGCUGGGAGGGUAUCAAAUGUGAAUUAGAAGAUCAAGAAUGCUCAAGUGAUCCUUGUCAGAAUGGAGCUACUUGUGUUGAUUUGAUCGGAGGCUAUGCAUGCCAGUGUGCAACAGGAUGGGAUGGACUGAAUUGUGAACAAGACUUCAAUGAGUGUGUGAGUAAUCCUUGUCAAAAUGGAGCCACCUGUCUGGAUUUCUUCAAUGGUUACCUCUGCCAGUGUGCCCCUGGCUGGGAGGGAGAUGCAUGUCAGAUAGAAAUAUUGGAGUGCACAUGUAAUCCUUGUCAAAAUGGUGCUACAUGUGUGGAUGGAUUGGCAAGUUUUGAAUGUAUUUGUGCCCCUGGAUGGCAAGGAAUCACAUGUGCUGAAGAUAUCGCUGAAUGUGCAAGUAAUCCCUGCCAAAAUGGUGCUUCAUGUUCUGACUUGGAGAAUGGAUUUCAAUGUGAUUGUGAUUUUGGAUACAAAGGAAGACUUUGUGAGGAAGAAAUCAUUGAAUGUGCUGCUACUCCAUGCAUGAAUGGUGCAACCUGCUUUGAUCUGGUAGCUGGAUAUGUAUGUCUUUGUAGUACUGGAUGGCAGGGUCUACAUUGUGAGAAUGACAUCUUAGAAUGUGCCAGCGACCCAUGUCAAAAUGAUGCAACCUGCAUUGACCUGCUGAAUUCUUAUGAAUGCCAGUGUCCUCCAGGAUGGAAUGGAACACACUGUGAGAUAGACAUCGCAGAAUGUGCAAGCGAUCCUUGUCUAAAUGGUGCUACUUGUCUGGAAGACAUCAGUGGAUAUGACUGUCAAUGUCCUGAGGGAUUUACAGGAGUGCACUGUGAAGAUGAGAUUGAAGAAUGUUCCAGUAACCCAUGCCAAAAUAAUGGAACCUGUGUAGACCUCAUCGGUGCCUUUGACUGUCUAUGUUCACCAGGUUGGACGGGUACCUUAUGUGAGAUUGAGAUUGAAGAGUGUACCAGCAUGCCAUGUCAGAAUGGUGCAGUCUGCAUUGAUCUUAUUGGUAGUUACGAAUGCCAGUGUUUACCAGGCUGGGAAGGAGUCAACUGUGAAUCUGAAAUCCUGGAAUGCAGCAGCAACCCUUGUCAAAAUGGAGCUGAUUGUUUAGACAUGAUCAAUGCAUACCAGUGCAUUUGCAUUCCAGGAUGGAAUGGCACUCACUGUGAGUUGGAUAUCAUGGAGUGUGCCAGCAGUCCUUGUCAAAAUGGAGCAACCUGCACGGACUUAAUCGAUUCUUAUAUUUGUACUUGCCUGGAAGGUUUCAAUGGGACCAACUGUGAACUUGAACUUCUAGCGUGCAAUAGCAAUCCAUGCCAAAAUGAUGCUAUGUGCCUUGAACUUACUCUUGGAUAUUUCUGCAUAUGUGCCCCUGGAUGGACAGGGGAAAGUUGUGAAUUUGAAUUGACAGAUUGCAUGAAUGAUCCAUGCCUGAAUAAUGCUACAUGUGUAGAUCUGAUGGGAGGGUAUUCGUGUAUCUGUGGUACUGGAUGGAAUGGAACCAACUGUGAGACAAACAUAGAGGAAUGUAGCAGCAACCCUUGUCAGAACAAUGCUACCUGUGUAGAUGAUAUUGGAAGCUAUCAGUGUAUCUGCUCACCAGGAUGGACUGGGCCUACCUGUCAAAUAGAUAUUCAAGAAUGUUCAAGUGAUCCGUGCUUGAAUGGUGCUAACUGUACAGAGAUGCAAAAUGGCUACAGUUGCGUUUGUCCACCAGGAUUUGAAGGAACGAAUUGUGAAAGCAGUAUCUUGGCAUGUUCCAGUGUUCCAUGCUUGAACGAUGCUAAUUGCUUGGACCUAGUGAAUGGAUACUUGUGUGUUUGUGUAGCUGGAUAUUUUGGGACAAACUGUGAGGAGGAAAUUGUGGAAUGUACCCCUAACCCUUGCCUAAAUGGAGCAAACUGCACAGAACGAGCCAAUGGCUUUGAGUGCCUUUGCCAACCAGGAUUCAACGGCACAUUCUGUGAGAAUGAAAUUCAAGAAUGUUCAGGAAAUCUGUGUUUGAAUGGAGCAAACUGUAUGGACCUGAUUGACGGUUAUCUCUGCAUAUGUGCGCCAGGAUUUACCGGAGAACACUGCGAGACUGGAUUCCAACAAUGUGCCAGCAACCCAUGCCAAAAUGGAGCCGACUGUACAGAAGGUAUCAAUGGUUUCUUAUGUAUUUGCCCAUCAGGUUUCAAUGGCACUUUGUGUGAGAACGAAACAUUGGAGUGUUCCAGCAAUCCAUGUCAAAAUGAGGCCACCUGCACAGAGCUAAUCAACGGCUAUGAGUGUCUCUGUCGACCCGGUUUUAAUGGAAUCAACUGCGAGAAUAACAUACAAGAUUGUUCAGGGAAUCCUUGUCUAAAUGGUGCAAACUGUAUGGACUUGAUCAAUGGCUAUAUUUGUAUCUGUGCACCAGGAUAUCGAGAGGAAAACUGUGAAAAUGAGAUCCAGGAAUGUGCCAGCAAUCCAUGUCAGAAUGGUGCCAACUGUACAGAAGAGAUCAACGGAUAUAUAUGUAUCUGCCCAUCAGGUUUCAAUGGAAUUACCUGUGAGGAUGAAAUCAAUGAAUGUAGCAGUAAUCCGUGUACAAAUGGGGCCAACUGUACUGACUUUAUAGAUGGGUAUGUUUGCGAUUGUCCGGUAGGAUUUACAGGUGUAAACUGUGAGGAAGAUAUUCUGGAAUGCGCAAGUAAUUCAUGUCAAAAUGGUGCUUAUUGUUCAGAACUUCUGAAUGGCUAUGAAUGCAUCUGUGCUCCGGGAUACAAUGGAACAUAUUGUGAGACUGAAAUUCAAGAGUGUUCAGGUAACCCAUGUCUGAACGGUGCAAACUGUAUGGAUUUGAUCAAUGGCUAUAUGUGUGUAUGUGCUCCUGGAUUCGAAGGAGAUAACUGUGAGAUGGAAAUCACAGAAUGUGCUAGCAACCCUUGCCAGAAUGGAGCCAACUGUACGGAGGGAAUAAAUGGAUAUAUCUGUAUGUGUCCGCUGGGUUUCAAUGGCACUUUCUGUGAAGAAGAAAUCUUGGAGUGUGUCAGCAAUCCUUGCCAAAAUGAUGCCAACUGUACAGAGUUGAUCAACGGCUAUGAGUGUAUCUGUCGACCUGGUUUCAAUGGCAUUGACUGUGAGAGCAACAUACAGGAUUGUGCUGGGGAUCCAUGUCUAAAUGGUGCAAACUGUAUGGACUUGAACAAUGGCUACAUGUGCAUCUGUGCACCAGGAUAUGAAGGAGAGCAUUGUGAGACUGAGACCCAGGAAUGUUCCAGCAAUCCAUGCCAAAAUGAGGCCAACUGUACAGAGUUGAUCAACGGCUAUCAGUGUGUCUGUCAACCUGGUUUCAAUGGUGUUAACUGUGAGAACAACAUACAGGACUGUGCUGGGAAUCCUUGUCUAAAUGGUGCAAACUGUAUGGAUUUAGUCAAUGGCUAUAUCUGUGUAUGUCCUCCAGGAUAUGAAGGAGAUCACUGUGAGAUUGAUAUCCUUGAAUGUGCUAGCAACCCUUGCCAGAAUGGAGCCAACUGUACGGAGGGAAUAAAUGGAUAUACCUGCGUGUGUCCACCAGGUUUCAAUGGUACACACUGUGGAGGAACCACUUUAGGAGAAUGUGCUAGUAAUCCUUGCCAGAACAAUGCUUCUUGUAUUGAUGGAUUGGAUGGCUUUCAAUGCAACUGUAGUUCUGGAUGGACUGGACCCACAUGUGACACAGAUGUUCUUGAAUGCAUUAGCAAUCCUUGUCUAAAUGGAGCAAUAUGUAUAGAGGGUAUGGAUUCGUAUGAAUGUAUCUGCCUUCCAGGAUUUAAUGGCACAUACUGUGAAACAAAUAUUCAAGAAUGUGCUGGUAACCCUUGUCUAAAUGGAGCAAAUUGCAUGGAUAUAAGCAAUGGGUAUAUGUGCAUCUGUGCACCAGGCUAUGAAGGAGAGCAUUGUGAGACUGAGGCCCAGGAAUGUUCCAGCAAUCCUUGCCAAAAUGAGGCCAACUGUACAGAGUUGAUCAAUGGCUAUGAGUGUCUCUGUCGACCUGGUUACAAUGGCGUUAACUGUGAGAACAACAUACAGGACUGUGCUGGGAAUCCUUGUCUAAAUGGUGCAAACUGUAUGGACUUGAACAAUGGCUACAUGUGCAUCUGUGCACCAGGUUAUGAAGGAGAACAUUGCGAAACUGAUGUUCAAGAAUGCACAAGCAGCCCAUGUCAGAAUGGGGCCAACUGUACUGAUGUCGUUAAUGGUUACCUUUGUGAAUGUCCAUCAGGGUUUAAUGGAACAAACUGCGAGAUUGAACUUGAUGCGUGUAGCAGUGACCCAUGUAAAAAUGGAGCCAACUGUACAGACUUUGUUGAUGGGUAUAUUUGUGACUGCUUAGCCGGCUUUACAGGUAUCAACUGUGAGGAAGAUAUUCUAGAAUGUUCCAGUAAUCCUUGUCAGAAUGGUGCUAAUUGUUCAGAGCUGCUGAAUGGCUAUGAAUGCAUCUGUGCUCCGGGGUUCAAUGGAACACAUUGUGAGACUGAAAUUCAAGAAUGUUCAGGUAACCCUUGUCAAAAUGGUGCAAACUGUAUGGACUUGAUCAAUGGCUACCUCUGCAUCUGUGAACCAGGAUAUGAGGGGGAUAAUUGUGAGAACCAGAUCCAGGAGUGUGCUAGCAACCCUUGUCAAAAUGGAGCCAACUGUACUGAUGUCAUCAAUGGUUACCUUUGUGAAUGUCCAUCAGGGUUUAAUGGAACAAACUGCGAGAUUGAACUUGAUGAGUGUAGCAGUGACCCAUGUAAAAAUGGAGCCAACUGUACAGACUUUGUUAAUGGGUAUAUAUGUAACUGCUUAGCCGGAUUUACAGGUAUCAACUGUGAGCAGAUUCUAGAAUGUUCCAGUAAUCCUUGUCAGAAUGGUGCUAAUUGUUCAGAGCUGCUGAAUGGCUAUGAAUGCAUUUGUGCUCCGGGGUACAAUGGGACAAAUUGUGAGACUGAAAUUCAAGAAUGUUCAGGUAACCCUUGUCAAAAUGGUGCAAACUGUAUGGACUUGAUCAAUGGCUACCUCUGCAUCUGUGAACCAGGUUAUGAAGGAGAACAUUGCGAAACUGAUGUUCAAGAAUGCGCAAGCAGCCCAUGUCAGAAUGAGGCCAACUGUACUGAUGUCAUUAAUGGUUACCUUUGUGAAUGUCCAUCAGGGUUUAAUGGAACAAACUGCGAGAUUGAACUUGAUGAGUGUAGCAGUGACCCAUGUAAAAAUGGAGCCAACUGUACAGACUUUGUUGAUGGAUACAUUUGUGACUGCUUAGCCGGCUUUACAGGUAUCAACUGUGAGGGAGAUAUUCUAGAAUGUUCCAGUAAUCCUUGUCAGAAUGGUGCUAAUUGUUCAGAGCUGCUGAAUGGCUAUGAAUGCAUCUGUGCUCCAGGGUACAAUGGGACACAUUGUGAGACUGAAAUUCAAGAAUGUACAGGUAAUCCUUGUCAAAAUGGUGCAAACUGUAUGGACUUGAUCAAUGGCUACCUCUGCAUCUGUGAACCAGGUUAUGAAGGAGAUAAUUGUGAGAACCAGAUCCAGGAGUGUGCUAGCAACCCUUGUCAAAAUGGAGCCAACUGUACUGAUGCCAUUAAUGGUUACCUUUGUGAAUGUCCAUCAGGGUUUAAUGGAACAAACUGCGAGAUUGAACUUCAUGAGUGUAGCAGUGACCCAUGUAAAAAUGAAGCCAACUGUACAGACUUUGUUGAUGGGUAUAUUUGUGACUGCUUAGCUGGAUUUACAGGUAUAAACUGUGAGGAAGAUAUUCUAGAAUGUUCCAGCAAUCCUUGCCAGAAUGGGGCUAAUUGUACAGAUCGUAUCAAUGAAUAUGAAUGUACAUGCCAACCUGGAUACAAUGGAACUAAUUGUGAGACAGAUAUAAUGGAAUGUGCUGGCAAUCCUUGUCAAAAUGGUGCUAAUUGUUUAGACCUAGUCAACGGUUUCAUGUGUGUCUGUGCUUCUGGAUUUACAGGAACUUUCUGCGAGGUUGAUAUUUCCGAGUGCUCAAGUAUUCCUUGUCAAAAUGGAGCAAAUUGCACAGAUCUUGUCAAUGGUUUUGAAUGUCAGUGUCUAUCUGGAUAUAAUGGAACAUUAUGUGAAGAAGAGAUUCUGGAAUGCCUCAGCAGCCCUUGCCAGAAUGGGGCUAGUUGCAUUGAUUUAAUCAAUUCCUACUCCUGCGAGUGUUCACCAGGUUACAAUGGUACAAACUGUGAGUUAGAAGUCAAUGAGUGUUCCAGUAGCCCCUGCCAAAAUGAGGCUAACUGUACAGACCAGGUAAAUGGAUAUUCCUGCCAUUGUGUAGCUGGUUGGGAUGGAGUUGAUUGUGAAAUGGAAGUUGAUGAGUGUUUCAGUGGACCUUGCCAGAACAACGCUACCUGUUUGGAUCUGAUAAAUGGAUUUGAAUGCCAGUGUGACCUUGGAUGGGAAGGACUGCUGUGUGAGCAAGAAAUUCUUGAGUGUGGUAGCAAUCCUUGUCUGAAUGGUGCUACCUGUCAGGACUUGGUUGGUUCUUAUCAGUGUAUCUGCCCAAUGGGAUUCUCUGGUGUAAACUGUGAAAUAGACAUUGAUGAAUGCAUGAACCAUACCUGUAUGAAUGGAGCAACAUGUGUGGAUGAAAUCAAUGGAUUCAGCUGCAUAUGCCCAACAGGAUGGACGGGAGAAUUCUGUGAAACAGACAUCAUGGAAUGUUCUAGCAAUCCCUGUCAGAAUGGAGGUAGCUGUAUUGAUCUGAUUGGAUUCUAUCAAUGUCAGUGUGCACCAGGGUGGACUGGUAUAAACUGUGAUACUGAUAUUCCAGAAUGUGCUAGUAACCCCUGUAUCAAUGGUGCAACCUGUCAAGAUCUAAUCAACAGCUUUGAGUGUAUUUGUGCACCAGGAUGGAAUGGAACCAAUUGUGCAACUGAAAUCCUAGAAUGCAGUGGUAACCCAUGUAUGAACAAUGCCACCUGUAUUGAACUCAUCGCUGGCUAUCAGUGUGCCUGUGAUGAAGGAUGGACUGGAGUUCAUUGUGAAUUUGAUAUUCCCGAGUGUGCAAGCAAUCCUUGUCAGAAUGGUGCAACAUGUAUGGAUCUCACCAAUGAGUAUCAAUGCCAAUGUGCACCAGGAUGGACUGGAGUUAAUUGUGAAUCAGAUAUAUUGGAGUGUUCCAGUGAUCCUUGUCAGAAUGGAGCUACCUGUGUGGAGGGAUUGGAUGGCUAUGAAUGCACCUGUCCUCCAGGAUUUGAAGGGGCCAAUUGUGAAACUGAUAUUGAUGAUUGUGUGAUGAACGGUUGUCAAAACAAUGCUACCUGCCUUGACCAGUUAGAAGGCUAUGUCUGCAUUUGUUCUUUGGGCUGGACUGGACCAAACUGCUCAAUUGACAUUCUUGAGUGUGGUAGCAAUCCUUGUCUGAAUGGUGCUACCUGUCAGGACUUGGUUGGUUCUUAUCGGUGUAUCUGCCCAAUGGGAUUCUCUGGUGUAAACUGCGAAAUGGACCUACCACCUUGUUCAAGCUCACCAUGUGAGAAUGAUGGAGUUUGCUUCCAGAGUCCAGUUACAGGAGAUUACUUCUGCAUCUGUAUGGCAGGAUGGACUGGUGUUAACUGUGAGAUCCCAAUUGAUCUGUGCACACCAGAUCCUUGUCAAAAUGGAGCCACCUGUAACAAUUUCCAGACAUCUUAUUCCUGUACAUGCCCACCAGGAUACUCAGGAAUGGACUGUGAGAUUGACAUUGAUGAAUGCAUGAACCAUACCUGUAUGAAUGGAGCAACGUGUGUGGAUGAAAUCAAUGGAUUCAGCUGCUCAUGUCCAACAGGAUGGACUGGAGAGUUUUGUGAAACAGACAUCUUGGAAUGUUCUAGCAACCCAUGUCAGAAUGGAGGAAGCUGUACUGAUCUGAUUGGUUCUUAUCAAUGCCAGUGUGUCCCGGGAUGGACGGGUACCAACUGUGAUACUGAAAUUUUGGAAUGUGCCAGCAUGCCAUGUUUGAAUGGGGCAAACUGUACCGAGAUGAUCAACGGAUAUAGCUGUGAAUGUCCACCAGGCUGGAAUGGAACCAAUUGUGAAAUUGAAAUCCUUGAAUGCUCAAGCAACCCUUGUGACAACAAUGCAACCUGUGUAGAACUCAUCGAUGGAUAUGAGUGCAUGUGUCCCCUUGGAUGGAAUGGAACUCAUUGCGAAAUAGAAAUCAAUGAAUGUAAUAGCAAUCCUUGCCAGAAUGGAGGAACUUGUGGAGAUUUCCUUGGUUUCUAUCUCUGUGAAUGUGCACCGGGAUAUAAUGGAACAAACUGUGAAAUUGAUAUUCCAGAAUGUGCUAGUGACCCUUGUCUCAAUAAUGCAACCUGCCAAGAUCUAGUCAACAGCUAUGAAUGUAUAUGUGCUCCAGGAUGGAAUGGUACCAAUUGUGAAACUGAAAUCCUAGAAUGCAGUGGUAACCCAUGUAUGAACAAUGCAACCUGUAUUGAACUCAUCGCUGGCUAUCAGUGUGCCUGUGAUGAAGGAUGGACUGGAGUUCAUUGUGAAUUUGAUAUUCCCGAGUGUGCAAGCAAUCCUUGCCAGAAUAAUGCAACCUGUUUGGAUCUCACCAAUGAGUAUCAAUGCCAAUGUGCACCGGGCUGGACUGGAGUUAAUUGCGAAUCAGAUAUCUUGGAGUGUUCAAGUGAUCCUUGUCAGAAUGGAGCUACCUGUGUGGAGGGAUUGGAUGGCUAUGAAUGCACCUGUCCUCCAGGAUUUGAAGGGGCAAAUUGUGAAACAGAUAUUGAUGAAUGUGAGUCGAAUCCAUGUCAGAACAAUGCUACUUGUAUUGAUCAAAUAGCGGGCUAUAUCUGUAGCUGUCCUCCAGGUUGGACUGGAAGUAACUGCUCAGACGAGGUACUUGAAUGUUUGAGUGUCCCUUGUCAGAAUGGAGGAACAUGUGAAGAUCUAAUCAAUGGAUAUCAGUGUGUAUGUGCUAGUGGAUGGACUGGUAUUAACUGUGAAACAGAACUUAUCGAGUGUGCCAGCAUGCCAUGUCAGAAUAAUGGUACCUGUGUUGAAAUGAUCAACAGUUACAUGUGCCUCUGUGCACCUGGAUGGGAAGGAGUUAAUUGCGAUAUAGCCACCAAUUUAUGUGAACCAAAUCCUUGUCAGAAUAGUGCUACUUGUAUGAACUUCCAGACCUCAUAUAACUGCACCUGUCCGAUGGGCUUUAUUGGCGAUAACUGUGAAGUGUAUUCUGGUUGUGAUAGCGACCCAUGUCAGAAUGGAGCUAACUGCACACAAGACAACAGUACGUACACAUGCCAAUGUCCGGAUGGAUAUGAAGGGACAAACUGUGAAACAGAAAUCGACCUGUGUGUCUCCGAUCCCUGUCAGAAUGGAGCUACGUGUAAUAACUUCAGGACUUCAUAUACCUGUACAUGCCCUGAAGGAUAUGGUGGUGUCAACUGUGAAAUUUAUGCUGGAUGUAGCAGUAACCCUUGUCAGAAUGGUGGUACAUGUCUCCAAGCGAACAAUUUCUACAUCUGCCAGUGUGCGCCAGGCUACCACGGAAUGAACUGUGAACAAGAGGUGAAUCUAUGUGAUCCUAACCCAUGUGAGAACAUGGCUGUAUGCACCAACUUCAGGAUCUCAUAUACAUGUGACUGUCAACCUGGAUUCACUGGGGUUAACUGCCAAGAUUACAUUGGUUGUGACAGUGAUCCUUGUCAGAAUGGAGCUACCUGUGUGGAAACAAACAAUACCUACACAUGCACUUGUCCUGCUGGGUACACUGGUGUUAUGUGUGAAACAGAAAUCGACCUGUGUAUCUCUGACCCCUGUGAUAAUGGAGCUACUUGUAACAAUUUCGGGACUUCAUAUACCUGUACAUGCCCUGAAGGAUAUGGCGGUCACGCCUGCCAAAUUUAUGAAGGCUGUAGCAGUGACCCUUGCAUGAAUGGAGCUGGUUGUUUUCAAUAUUCUCAUAACUUUACAUGCAUUUGUCUACCAGGAUACCAGGGUAGGCUUUGUGAAGAAGAAAUCAACCUGUGUGACCCUGAUCCUUGUCAAAAUGGAGCUACUUGUUCUAACUUCAGGUUAUCAUAUAACUGUACUUGUCCUGAGGGAUAUACUGGUAGCAACUGUGAAGUUUAUGAUGGGUGUAGUAGCAAUCCAUGCCAGAAUGAUGCAACCUGCAUGCAGCUUAAUGACACCUACCAGUGUAUCUGUGCUGAUGGUUUUGAUGGCGAGUUCUGCGAGAAUUUUACUGCCUGUCUUAGUUCUCCUUGUAUGAAUGGUGCUUCAUGUGCUCAGCUUUCUAAUAACACCUAUAAAUGCAUGUGUGCACCAGGCUACACAGGGGGCCUGUGUCAGAAUGAAAUCAACCUUUGCGACCCUGAUCCAUGUCAGAAUGGAGCCAACUGCUCUAACUUCAGAACCUCGUAUAAUUGUUCCUGCCCUGAAGGAUAUUCCGGUAUCAACUGUGAAGUUUAUUCUGCAUGUGAUAGCGACCCCUGUCUGAAUGGCGCGACCUGCAAUCAACAGAAUGAUACGUAUUUCUGCUCGUGUCCGAUGGGAUAUGCAGGAACACUGUGUGAAACUGAACUUGAUGGUUGUGAUCCAAGCCCCUGUGAGAAUGGAGCCAGUUGUACCAAUGUCUUGGGAGAUUAUAACUGUACAUGUGCACCAGGAUGGAAGGGAGUCAACUGCACUGAAGAGUUCAAUGCUUGUGGUAGUGAUCCCUGUCAAAAUGGAGCUAAUUGUACAAACAUCCUCAGCUCAUACAACUGCUCCUGUCCUCCAGGUUAUGAAGGCAUAGAUUGUGAAAACGAAAUAAACCUGUGUGAUCCUGAUCCGUGUUUGAAUGGAGCUAACUGUACCAACUUCAGGACAUCAUUUGACUGUGCUUGUCCUACUGGCUACCAGGGACAGACAUGUGAAGUGUAUGCUGGUUGUGCAAGCAAUCCUUGUCAGAAUGGAGCUUCAUGCAUGGAAGGGAAUGACUCCUACAUUUGUGUAUGUGUACCAGGAUAUGAAGGAGUUCUCUGUGACAAUGAAACUGACCUGUGUGAAUCGGAUCCAUGUUUGAAUGGAGCCACCUGCACAAACUUCCAGACCUCAUACAACUGCUCUUGUCCUCCGGCAUUCACAGGGGACAAUUGUGAAGUGUAUAAUGGAUGUUCUAGUAAUCCGUGUCAAAAUGGAGCUAACUGUACAGAGAAUAUAGACGAUACCUUUACAUGUACUUGUCCACCUGGCUAUGAAGGAGAGUUCUGUGAACAAGAAAUUGACCUGUGUGAAUCAGACCCCUGCCAGAAUGGAGCUACUUGUUCUAACUUCAGAACUUCAUAUAACUGCACCUGUCCUGAGGGAUAUACUGGUACCAACUGUGAAGUAUAUUCUGGCUGUGAUAGUAACCCAUGUCAGAAUGAAGGUACAUGUAUCCAAGCCAACGAUUUCUACAUCUGCCAGUGUGCACCAGGAUAUAGGGGAACCAACUGUGAAGAAGAGGUGAAUCUAUGUGAUCCUAACCCAUGUGAGAACAUGGCCACAUGUACCAACUUCAGGAUCUCAUAUACAUGUGAAUGUCUACCUGGAUUCACUGGGGUCAACUGUCAAGAUUAUAUUGGUUGUGUGAGCAACCCUUGCCAGAAUGGAGCUACCUGUGCUGAGUUCAACAAUACCUACAUGUGUGCAUGCCCUGCCGGAUUCACUGGUUCAAUGUGUGAGAUAGCAAUCGAUCUGUGUGACCCUGAUCCUUGUCAGAAUGGAGCUACAUGUACAAACUUCCAGACUUCUUAUACCUGUGAUUGCCCUACUGGUUUCACAGGAAUGAAUUGUGAAGUGUAUUCUGGAUGUGACAGUGACCCUUGCCAGAAUGGAGCUACCUGUCAGCAAGGCAAUGAUUCAUACACCUGUAUCUGUCCACCGGGAUACCAAGGUGUGCUGUGUGAAGAGGAAAUAAACCUUUGUGAUCCUGACCCAUGUUUGAAUGGUGCCACAUGCUCAAACUUCAGGACAUCUUAUAACUGUACAUGUGCUAUGGGCUUUGUAGGUGAAAACUGUCAAGAUUAUGCUGGUUGUGAUAGUGACCCUUGUCAGAAUGGAGCAACCUGUACAAACUCCAACUCCUCUUACACUUGCGUUUGCCCAGAAGGAUUCUCUGGAGUAUUGUGUGAAGACUAUGUAGGCUGUGACAGCAACCCUUGCAUGAAUGGAGGAAUGUGUACCCAACAAACCAACAAUACUUAUACGUGUGACUGUCUUCCUGGUUAUCAAGGAAUCCUCUGUGAAACAGAAAUCAACCUAUGUGACCCGGAUCCAUGCCAGAAUGGAGCAAACUGUACCAACUUCAGGACGUCAUACACAUGUGAUUGCCCUAUGGGCUUCACUGGUAUGGACUGUGAAACCUACUCUGGAUGUUCAAGUGACCCUUGUCAGAAUGGAGCAACUUGUACCCAGAAUCUAGACAACACAUACACAUGUACAUGCCCUCAAGGAUUUGUUGGGGAUUUCUGUGAAACCGAACUUGAUGGUUGUGAUCCAAGCCCCUGUGAGAAUGGAGCUAGUUGUACCAAUGUAUUGGGAGAUUAUAACUGUACAUGUGCACCAGGCUGGAAGGGAGUCAACUGCACUGAAGAGUUCAAUGCUUGUGGUAGUGAUCCUUGUCAGAAUGGAGCUAACUGUACAAACAUCCUGAACUCAUACAACUGCUCAUGCCCACCAGGAUACUUUGGAAUGGACUGUGAAAAUGUACAAAAUGCAUGUGAUGAUAAUGGUUGUCUUAAUGGUGCUACCUGCAAUGAUUUCAUCACAUUCUACACCUGUACAUGCCCGGUUGAGUUUACAGGGGACAACUGCGAGACAGAACUUGAUGAGUGUGACCCGGACCCUUGUCAGAAUGGAGCGACAUGUAAUAACUUAUAUACCUCUUACAACUGUACCUGUCCUCCUGGAUAUGAUGGCAGAAACUGUGAGAUUGAUAUUGAUGCUUGUGAUCCUGACAUGUGUAUGAAUGGAGCAACCUGUGUCAAUAAUAUCACCAAUUACACAUGUAUCUGUGCUCCAGGAUGGACCGGAAUCAACUGUGAAACAAGAUUGUUUGCAUGCGAAUCUGAUCCUUGUCUGAAUGGAGCCAGCUGUAAUGAGUUCAACUCUUUCUACAAUUGUACCUGCCCACCAGGGUAUGCAGGCAUCAACUGUGAAAUAGAGCUGAACCCAUGUGACUCUAAUCCCUGUGAGAAUGGUGCGACAUGUAACAACAUGAUAACCAAUUACACCUGUGAUUGUCCUGUUGGUUACGAAGGAGUGCAUUGUGAAUCAGUUACAGACAAUUGUCUGAGUGAUCCAUGCCAGAAUGGCGCCACCUGUAUGAAUAUGGUUGGAUCAUUUACUUGUAUUUGUGAGCCAGGUUAUGAAGGCAUACUUUGUGUUAUGGAGCAAGAUGUUUGUGAAUCAGACCCUUGCCAGAAUGGGGCAACGUGCAACAACUUCAGGACUUCAUAUAAUUGCACUUGUCCAGAUGGGUAUGAAGGAACAAACUGUGAAACAGAUAUCGAUGAAUGUGAUAGUAGCCCUUGCCUAAAUGGAGGUACCUGUAUGGAUGAAGUCAAUGGUUAUAUGUGUACUUGUGUAGCAGGAUAUACAGGACCUAAUUGCGAGACUGAUAUUGAUGACUGUGCUAACGAUCCUUGUCUGAAUGGAGCUACAUGUAUUGAUAUGGUCAAUGGCUUUAUGUGUAUGUGUGUACCAGGCUAUGAAGGCACAUUCUGUGAAGCAGAUAUCAAUGAGUGUGCAUCAAAUCCUUGUGAAAAUGGUGCCACUUGUCAGAAUCGUAUCAAUGAAUUCUUUUGCGUGUGUCCCAAUGGAUUUACUGGACUGAGAUGUGAGGAAGCAAACGAUUGCAUCCAAACAGUCACCAUCUCAGAGAAUGGCCAGUAUGAUAUACUCUCCCCUAACUACCCUAAUGAAUAUGAAACCCGACGCUUCUGUCGCUGGCUGAUCUCUAUCCCCGGGAACCGUCGGUUGCGUCUUAUCUUCAUGGACUUCAGUACCCGCGAGGGUUUAGAUUUUGUGGAGGCGGGUAACGGACUGGACCCCAAUGACCGGGACUCCGUGGUGGUCAGAGCUUCAGGGAGCACCAUCCCUUCUAACUUUGAUACCACAUCAAAUAGUCUAUGGGUUGUCUUUACAUCGGGAGAUGAGACUGGGGACUUCACUGCUAGGGGAUUCUCUAUCAUGGUCAUUGAUCAAGCGCUGGCAUAUAACUGUGAUGGUUUCCCAUGUCUCCAUGGUUCCGACUGCAUCCAGACUGGUAAUGGUAUCAAUGACUUCAUGUGCUACUGCGUGGCUGGAUGGUACGGCACCCUUUGUGAGAAUGAGGUCCCUGUCGGUGCUAAUCCAUGUGAUUAUGAUCAGUGUGAGAACGGCGCCACCUGUGAGGCCAGUGGAACCAGUUAUAUUUGUAACUGUGCACCAGGAUUCCAAGGAAGAUACUGUGAAGAAGCCAUGCCUGAUCCUUGUAUCACUGCACCUUGUCAGAAUGGAGCUCAGUGUGUCAGCCAAGGAAACCAGUACACCUGUCAGUGUAACGCAGGGUAUACAGGAACAUACUGUGAAAUAAAUAUCCAAGAGUGUGACAGCAAUCCUUGUCUAAAUGAAGGUCAAUGUAUUGAUGACAUCAAUGGAUACAUCUGUGUCUGUAUCAAUGGAUUCACCGGUGUUCACUGCCAAAUUGCUCCACCCGACCCCUGUGCGGAUCAUCUUUGUUUCAAUGGAGCUACCUGUGUUGCGGAUGGCUUCACCUCAUACAGCUGUAUGUGUGGAGAUGGUUUCGUUGGGGAACUCUGCCAAUAUGGGAGUGCCUGUUCUAGUGAUCCUUGUCUCAAUGGUGCGUCUUGUGUGGAUGUAAGCAACUUUGAAUAUGACUGCUUCUGCCCACCUGGCUUUACUGGAACCAGAUGUGAAGAAGCAAUCGAAGUAGAUCCUUGUGAUGCCAGGCCCUGUAAGUUUGGAACUUGUCUGAACAUCGGGGAAGGAGAUUACCGCUGCCAAUGCAACCCGGGAUGGACUGGCACAAACUGCAAUUUGGAUGUUAAUGAGUGUUCAGAAAGCCCGUGUAGGAAUGGGGGAUCCUGCUUCAACACUCUAGGUAGUUACAGAUGUUACUGUACCGAUGGGUACUCCGGAACAAACUGCGAUAGAGCGCCUUCAAGUUCUCGGAAUUUAAAUCCCGCUGAUACAGCCCCCCAGACCAGCGACGAUUCUUCAGGGCUAUUAAUCGAACCAUGGUGGAUAGCCGUCAUCUGCGUUCUCUUUGUCCUCAUCCUAUUAUUUAUUGUUGUUCUGGGCUGUCUAUGCACAAGACCGCGCGAGAAGUCUUACGCGUGAGACCAGCUUGCCGGAGUCGGUUACCAAAGACAUGCAAUAGCAUCGGAAUAUAUAUGUAGUUGAUGAUGGAAAUUGACAUAAAACAAUGCUGGUAAAUAGACAUCCUUGUGAUUUAUGAAACUUGAUUGUUACAUUGAAUGUGAUGUAUCAAAGUAUUCAAUACUUACAGAAAAAUCUAACAAAGCUCUGUUUAUAAUCACUGAGCGAAUAAUACAAUGCAAUUUAUAUUCAUUAUAUUUAUAUAUAUUUGUAUAUGUGCACAUAUAUAUAAUCUAUGUUGACAUUUUGAUGUCAGAUCUAUGAUUUUACUUUCAUGAUUUAAAGGCUGCUCAUACUUUUUAUUGAUUUCCUUUCAGGACCAUAGUUUUUAAACUCAACUCAGACAUGAUUUUAGUAUGAGCUGCAUGAUAUAUCUCUUUUUAUAUUAAUGGAUUCUUUGAAAUGCAUUUUUCCAUAUAUUUUAGCUGCUUUUCCACUAUCAUUCUAUAUUUGAUCAUUGAUUUUCUUGUAGUAGUUUUUGUUUGAUGUAUUGUUUAUAUUGAUUUAUUAUAUAUGUUGUACAUUUUUUUUCCAUCUUUUCAUUUCUGAAUUAUUUAUCUAUGUUAAAUAUUAUGGAAUUCAAAAGUUAUAUUUUAUGUUAUUCAUUGCUCUUUCUAUCUGCUUUGUAUCAGUAAUUCAAUUGUUUUAUCUGUAUCUUUGUUUUAAGAUUGACUUUGGAAAAGAAAAUUUAUUUAUAAUUUAUUGUCUUCUUACUUGAAUAGUGUAAUUUUUUCUAGACUAAAGUUUAUUAUUUCUGAUACUGGGGAUGAUACAAUUUUCAUUUAUGCAUUCUGUUCUCGUAAUUACGGUAAUAUUAUGGAGUGCGCAUCAUAUUUUGAAGUAAUGACUCUAUGCACUUCCAUUUGCUCAGUAUUAGCUCAAGGGGGACUAUGUUUUGAUAUAUAGUAAAUAUGUCUGGAAUUAUUGCAUUUAAGGUUUAUAAAAGGUUUCACCAAAAUUGAAGCUGUAAAUAUUCAACUCAGUAUUUGUAUAGAAUUCAAUGUAUUUAAUUUCAUUUAUGUACAUGAUACAUUGAGAGAUGAAUAACUGAUUUGCUAACAUUUAAUAAUUUGUUUAAUCCCCACAAAAUUUUACUAUCAAAUAAUUGGCUUUAUAUACAGUGCCAUUUAUUGACCCUUUUCAAUUGAAUUUGGUACAUAAAUAUGUAGUUGUCCAAAAAGCAGUACUUAGUUUAUUCCUACUGGUUGUCCUUCCAAUUUCAGACCUGGGCCAGGUGACAUGAAGCUUAGCGAUUGAUCGUUGGGCUGAAUUUUAUGACUGAUCAUACACAGUAACUUUAUGCAAUCAAUUGUAGAAAUCAACCCCACAAUCAGUCACUGACAUGUGUGAAACAGGGCCUGGGUACUGUUUCAUUGAUUAGUUUUCAUUUUCUUAAAACUUACUAUAAUAUGAGUCAGAAAUCAAGAGCUUCCCUGUUAAUCAAAACAAAGGGUUUCAUUGACUUUGUUGAAGCCAAUAAAAAUCAGUACUGACUUGGACUUUAAGGACCUGAUAUGUGUUUUAUUCAGAUAUACUUGUAAUAAAUUGAUUCGAAAAGUUGUAGACAAUUUAAUGAGCUUAAAGAAUGUUAGAUAUUUGUAAGGAAUUCCCCAUUUUAUAUUGUACAUUGAGACUGCUAUUGGUGCUACGAUUUGCCUUGCAUAGCAACACAACAGUUUUUCUCUACUUCCCAUAAUAGUUCUAGGUAUGGUAUAUAUCGAUUUAAUAGCUAUGCAUUGCAAGCAUUUAUGGUGUUAACGCACCAAAUAUAGUGAAUUAAUUUAGCGAUUAUAUUUUUCUUUUAUACUAUCAUGUGAAAUAAUUAUUUUGUACAUUGUAUUUUUUGUUUUGAUAUUUUUAUACAUGUAUGCAUAUUUAAUAAAAUGGUACAAAACCUAUUGGCUAAAUGAA